UGUGUGUGUGCUUGAGUGCACGUGUGUGUGUGUGUGUGUGUGUGUGUGUGGUUUUGGAGCUGAUCUUGGAAAGCGCAGGGCAGGCGAAGGGAAGAUGCCCGCCAUUCUGCUGGUGGCCUCCGAGAUGAAGUCUGAGCUCCCCAGGCCCGUGCACAGCGCCCUGCCCAUUCCCCAGCAGCAGAACCAGCACCCGGCCAAGACGGCCACGGCCACGGGCACGGGCACGCUACCCAGAGCCAAGGCUCCGCUCGGCAGCCAGAGCCAGAACCAGAACCCCCAUAGGACCCUGCAGAGGAAGCUGAGCCUGGGCACGGCCACUGGUACCGGUACCGGCACCGCCCAGGUGAAGAGAAGCCCUGCCACCAAGGGCAGCACCACAGACCCACAGAUUUAUACGGACUGGGCCAACCACUACCUGGCCAAAGCGGGCCGCAGACGCCUCAUCAGAGACCUGCAGCAGGACGUAGCGGACGGGGUGAUACUGGCAGAACUCAUCCAGGCCGUCGCCAAUGAAAAGAUUGAAGACAUCCAUGGGUACCCGCAGAGUGGCACUCAAAUGAUUGAAAACAUUGAGGCUUGUCUGGGUUUCCUGGCAGCUAAAGGUGUCAACAUAAAGGGGCUGUGUGCAGAAGAGAUCCGUAAUGGGAAUCUGAAGGCCAUCCUUGGCCUCUUCUUCAGCCUGUCGCGCUACAAGCAACAGCAGAGCCAGGCCCUGAAGGCACCCACCUCCGACCCCCAGCGCCCAAACAGCCCUGCCCAGCGGCCCCCCACCCAGCCUGGGCAGCCCGCGGUCACCAGCCUCCUCUGCCCUGUCCAUGGCCUCCAGAGACCCACCAGCCCUGCGGUGAAGGCCCACACAGACAUGACGUCCAGGCUGCCUUCUCCAACUGCCAGGCCUGUUGAGAGGAAGCUGCGUGAGGGGAGCGGUGCAGGGAGCCGUCGCAGCCAGAGCUUCAAUCACUAUGACAAGGCCAAGCCCUCCCUCAGUGUCACCACCUCCACCAUCAGCACCAGUGGACAGGACAAAGAGAUCACCAGCCCCCCGUCUCCUGCCAUGACUGACCCUAAUGGCAGCACCAGCGGUAAGCCGUGGAGGAGCAAGUCCCUGAACGCCAAGCACAGCUCCACCUCCCCCAUGCUCUCCGUCAAGCAGUCGGGCAACAACAGUGGCUCCGCCGCGACCUUGGAGGUGCCACCCAAGGUCAUCGCCCAGAAGUCCAUGCUGGAGAAGCUGAAGCUCUUCAACAGCAAGGGCAAGACCUCCUCCUCCUCAUCCACCUCCUCCUCCACCCCCACCUCCUCCUCCACCCCCACCUCCUCCUCGCUGGGUAAUGGAGGUGCCGAUGGGGUUCUGGAGACUGAGAGCAGGCCCGGCACGCCCAGCACCAUCGUAGGCCAGCAGGACCAGGAGGAGGUGGUGGUGGUGGUGCCGACCCAGAGGCCCGGGAGCAGGAGUGCCGACGCCAGCCCCAAGCUGGCCCUGAAGGGCAUCGCCCAGCGCACCAUCGGUCGCGCCCUGGCGCCCAAGAAGAGCGCCCUCAAGAAGGACACCGACAAGGACAAGGAUAGGGACAAGGGCAGGACGAGGGAUUGGUCCCGAGAGAGCUCGCUGGGCCGGUGCUCCACCCCCACCGAACGGGCCGAGUCAGCAGCCUCGACCCCUGAGCUGAAGAAGCACUCCUCGCUCCACAAAGGCAGCAAGGGGAGCAAGAAGGAGAGCGGCUCUGCUGCACGAAGCGGGAUCCCUAAGCCAGGAGGAGCAGGAGGUGGAGGAGGAGGAGGGAAGGGACGUGCCUCUUUGGCGCCAUCCAGUGGUAGAGACGGGGAAAGAAGCCAUGGUGGCGGCAAGUCAACUGCCGGGCUGUCAGUGCACAAAGGGCAACCGGACUGCAAAGACUUGUCUUGCUCCAACGGGCCAGCACAGGCUGCCAGUUGUGGUGGGGACCCCCUGGUGGCUAAAAGUGGGACUGCGCAGCGGCCCAUGGCUGGGAACCCGGCCAGUACAGACCUGCCUCAGCAGCAGCAGCAGCAGCAGCAGAGUAGCCACCCCAACACGGCCACUGUGGCCCCAUUCAUGUACAGAUCCCAGACAGACAUUGACAAGUCUGGCAUGUUGGCUGAGAUGGAGCGCUUUCCAGACACGCUGGUAUCCAGCAAGUCGAUUCACACAUCGCUGGAGUACCUCUCAGGUGAGGACCCUGAGGCCAGACGUCUGCGGACGGUGAAGAACAUCGCCGACCUUCGGCAGAACCUGGAGGAGACCAUGUUCAGCCUGCGCGGAACCCAGAUCAGCCACAGCACCCUGGAGACGACCUUUGCCAGCAGUGUGACCACCUCAGAGGUCAGAGGUCAAGGGGGCAGCAGAGCCAUCGUGCUGGGCAGCAGCGGAGGCAGUGGGGGAGGCAGCCGAGCCCCUUCCUCCUCCUCAUCCUCCUCCUCCUCGUCGUUACCAUGGAGACAGCAACAGGGCUCGUCCAGCCCCCGGCUACAAGCGGGAGACGCCCCCUCCAUCGGCCCCCGGCCCGGCGGCCACGCCACGCGCUUCAUGGGCGGGCCUGGAGGUGUUGGAGGUGGGGUUGGAGGCGUCGGUGCAGGCAUCAGCAGGUAUCAGCAUCACCUGUCGGACAUGGCGGAGGAGGAGCUGGAUGCGUUUGCCGUGGAGACGGUUGCCGGGUACAUGAGCGAUGGAGACAUCCUGGCCAAGACGGGGAGUAGAACCACGGACAACAUCAGCAGCAGCGGCUACAUGACGGACGGGGGCCUCAGCAUGUAUGCCCGGCGGCUGAAUCGGCCGGUGCCCGAGGGCAGCAUCUCUGUGGCACGGGACAACAUCCUCCACCACAGCGGAGCCAGCCAGGCCGACACUGACAGUUGGGAUGACAGCAGCUCGGUGAGCAGUGGCAUCAGUGACACGCUGGAUACGGAUGAGCUCAACACCAGCUCCUCUCUCAGCUCCUUCGUCAACACGCCCUCCGCCCCCCGCAAGGACUUAGGCCAGCCACCGCAGACGGACGCAGAGAAGCACUCUGUGGCAGCCGAGCUCGGUGGCACGUGGUCCGCAGAGGACGCCAAGCGCUCGGGCUCCAAGAUGGACGUUGGGUCCAGCUCCAAGUGGGGCCACGUUGGCUUGGACGAGCCGGAUCGGAGCUGCUCCUCCUCCUCCGCGAGCCGCAAGGCACCUCUCAACAUCUCGCACACGGGCUCCUGGAGGCGGGGCAUGACGGCACAGGUGGGCGUGACAGCGCCGCGGACAAAGACCACACCCACGUCAACGAGCAGCGGUGGCACCCUUAAAGGUCACGGCACAGGCAAGACAGAUGACGCCAAGGUGUCAGAGAAGAGCUGCCUGUCUCCGCGCACCAACGGCCACCACCACCAGUGCCCAGACGACUCUAAGAAGCCUCCCCUGUCCUCCACCUCCUCAUCCGCCUCCUCCUCCUCAGCCCGAGCCACCCAGUCUUUCUCCCUCUCCUCCUCCUCCUCCACCACCUCCGCCACCCCCACCACCACCUUCGGCUUCAAGAAGCAGACGGCCAUCCUGAGCGGCUCGGCCACGCUGGGCAAGAUGCCCAAGUCCAUGGCCCCCCUGCAGGGCGGCGCCCUCGGGUCGGUGUCGGGCCGCAGCAUGGUGGGCCUGUGCCGCAUGAGCAGCGUGGACGACGCCUACCUGCCCAUCGGCAGCAGCAGCAGUAGCGGGGGUGGCAUGGGGGUCACCAGGGGCUCCCUGCAGUACCGCAGCCUGCCCCGGCCCAGCCGCUCCUCCUCCGCAGCACGCGCCGCCGCCGCCGCAGCUGGACUCUCCUCGGACGCCGUCAGCCUCAGCAGGACGUCUACCCUCCCCAAAGGACGAAGCAUCGGCAACAGCAGCAGCAGCAGUAAGGGCGUGCCACAUCCAGCCAGCCUCCCCCUCACUACUAAUGGAGGAGGCAGCAACCAGACGGACCGGGAGAAGGGCUCUGAGGGGGACGGAGGGACGGCGGCCGGUGGCCAGGGCCAAGGGUCAGGAUCUGGGAGGCAGGCCGGGGGGAAGUACAGCGAGAUGUCCUCUCCUACCCUACGCAGGUUGUUUGGAGGCAAGCCCAACAAGCAGUCCAGCGCUGAGAGCAUCAAGAACUCCACUGUGAUCUCCAAUCCUCACGCCACCUCCACCUCCAAGCAGGGCGGCCCUGCGGUUGACUCUGUGUGGAGCUCCACAUUGGCCUACCCAUCCCAGGACAACACCAGUGGCAGCAGUGGAGGUCAGGGAGGGGUGGAUGGAGGCCUGGGCAGGGAGGAGACGCUGGCUAGCGGCCUGCAUCCCUCUGGAUCAGGAAGUGGAGUCAAGACUGGCCUAGCCGCCAGGUACGCCCACAUGCCCCAGGUACGAGAGGAGCCUCCGGAUUGGCUGCGAUCUCAGUCAGCAGCGGGCGACCCCGCCUCCACUGGUCUGACCUCCCCCUCGGGCUCCACGCGUUUCACCUUUGCCCAGCUAGGAGUCAGCCAGAGCAGUGCGGCCGCCCAGGUCCACAACAUGACCACGCUGCGGGCCGCCAAUGGGCUAGCCAAUCAGGACGGGCCCUCGGGCGACCAGUACAGCGACCCGCGCCUGCGGAACUCCGCCAUGACGCUGGAGGAGAAGGGCCGCACCAUGAGCAGCUCGGGGUCCUUCAGGGACGCCAUGGAGGAAGUUCAUGGCUCCUCUCUGUCGCUGGUGUCCAACACGUCUUCAGUGUACUCCACGCCCGAAGAGAAGUCUCACUCUGAGAUCCGCAAACUUCGGCGGGAGUUGGAUGCCUCCCAGGAGAAGGUGUCUGCUCUGACAACUCAGCUGUCUGCUAAUGCUCACCUGGUGGCUGCGUUCGAGCAGAGCUUGGGCAACAUGACCAUCCGACUCCAGAGCUUGACCAUGACGGCCGAACAGAAGGACUCGGAGCUGAACGAGUUGAGGAAGACCAUUGAGCUCCUAAAGAAGCAGAACACGGCAGCACAGGAGGCCAUCAACGGGGUCAUCAACACACCUGACACCAACAGCAGAGGUCCCUCCAGCUCCACCGACGGCUCUCCGUCGCAGCAGCCCCGCUCCCAUCGCUCCAACUCUCAGCCCCAGCUGACGCUGCAGCCUCAGGCGCUGACCAAUCAGGGCCAGGGGCAGCCUCAGCAGGCCGCAGUAGACCUCCGCAUCCACCGGCAGCACUCGUCAGACAGCGUGUCCAGCCUGACCAGCGCCACCAGCCACUCCAGCGUGGGCAGCAACCACCUCGAGAUGGACGCCAAUAACAAGAAGAAGAAGAAGAACUGGCUGCGGAGCUCCUUCAAGCAGGCCUUCACCAAGAAGAAAUCCCCCAAGUCCGUCUCGUCGUCCCACUCGGACAUCGAGGAGAUGACAGACUCCUCGCUGCCCUCCUCGCCCAAGCUCCCCCACAGCGGCCCCACCUCCCCCAACCCCCUGCUCCGCACCAACCACUCAAGCUCCCUCCCCCUGCUGUCCCCCCUGCCUGGCCCCGGGCGGGGGUGGGGCAGUAACAGUGCCCUGGCGCGGACGGGCUCUCUGGCUCGGAUCUCUGAGAGCGGUGACAACGACGCGGAGAUGGUGAUGCAGCUGCGGAGCGAGCUGAGGGACAAGGAGAUGAAGCUGACCGACAUCCGCCUGGAGGCACUUAGCUCCGCCCACCAGCUCGACCAGCUCCGUGAGAACAUGAACCGCAUGCAGGGUGAGAUUGAGAAGCUGAAGUCGGAGAAUGAUCGUCUGAAGCUGGAGACGUCCCAGGGUAGCGGCUGCAGCGGUGGCAGCCGUGUGUCAGCCAUGUCCCAGUCUUCCUCCUCCCUCAGCCCCUCCCUACCCGCCCUCUCCUCACAACACAGCCUCAGCACCAGCCUCAGCGAAUCCACCAGCCUCGAUAUGUUGCUGGAGGACUGUGUAGACGGGGGCUCCCGGAAGGAAGGCCAGCGCGUCAAGGUCGUCGUCAGCCUGGAGGACGAGGCCAAGUGGAGAGAGGACGCCAGCCCUCGCCAGUUCCUGAUUGGCUCUAUAGGUGUGAGUGGCAAGACUAAAUGGGACGUGCUGGAUGGGGUGGUCAAGCGGCUCUUCAAGGAGUACAUUGUGCAUGUGGACCCGGUGGGCCAGCUGGGUCUGAACUGUGACAGUGUGCUGGGCUACAGCAUUGGGGAGGUGCACCGCGUCAGUGGAGCCGAGACGCCAGAGCUGCUGCCCUGCGGAUACCUGGUGGGAGACAGCGACACCAUCGCCGUCAAACUCAAAGGUGUAUCUGAGGGCAGCAGUGACAGCCUGGUUCUGGACACACUGAUCCCGAAGCCCGUGCUACAGCGCUACGUGUCCCAGCUGCAGGAGCAUCGGCGCAUCAUCCUGUCCGGACCCAGCGGUACCGGCAAGAGCUUCCUGGCGGCCCGACUGGCCGAGCAUGUGGUGCUGAGGGAGGGACGCCCGCUCACAGACACCGCCAUCGCCACCUUCAAUGUCGACCACAAGUCCAGCAAGGAGCUUCGUCAGUACCUAUGUCAGCUGGCAGAGCAGUGCAGCAGCAGCAGCAGCAGCAGCAGUCCAGCUCAGGAGCUCCCUCUAGUGCUGAUCCUGGAUAACCUGCAGCACCUUGGCUCCCUAUCAGAGCUCUUCAACGGCAUGCUCAACUACAAGCACCAGCACUGUCCAUACAUCAUCGGCACCAUGAGCCAGACCAACACCUCCAGUCCCAAUCUACAGCUCCAUCACAACUUUAGGUGGGUGCUGUGUGCGAACCACACGGAGCCUGUGAAGGGCUUCCUGGGUCGCUUCCUGCGGCGGAAGCUUCUGGAGACGGAGAUCAGCAGCCGCACGCGCAGCGCCGAGUUGGUGCGCAUCGUGGAGUGGGUACCCACCGUCUGGCAACACCUCAACACGUUUCUGGAGGCUCACAGCUCCUCUGAUGUCACCAUAGGUCCUCGUCUCUUCCUGUCGUGCCCUAUGGAUGUGGGCGGGGCUCGCGUCUGGUUCACAGACCUCUGGAACUACUCCAUCAUCCCCUACAUGCUGGAGGCCGUCAGGGAGGGGCUGCAGCUGUAUGGUCGGCGUGCGGCGUGGGAGGACCCGGCCAAGUGGGUGCUGGAGAGUUUCCCCUGGGUGUCCACCCCCCAGCAGCAGCACGAGGGGCCCCCCCUGCUCCAGCUGAGGCCCGAGGACGUGGGCUUCGACGGCUACUCUCUGGCCCCCCGCGACACUGCCCACAGCAAGCAGGGAGACGCCCCGGGAGAGACCGAGAACGACCCGCUGAUGAACAUGCUCUUGAGGCUGAAGGAGGCGGCCCACUCGUCCCCCCAGAGCUACGACAGCGACGCCCACAGCACCUGCCACAAGCCCCCCGCCACCAUCGACACCUCUCUGGAGUCCACACUGUGAUAAACACACACACACACACACACACACACACACACACACACACACACACACACACACACACACACACAAGCCCCCCGCCACCAUUGAAACCUGUCUCGAGUCCACACUGUGAUGAUCCAUGUACACGCACACACACACACACACACACACACACACACACACACACACACACACACACACACACACACACACACACACACACACACACACACACACCCUCCGCCACCAUCGACACCUCUGGAGUCCACACUGUGAUCCAUGCACCCCCGCCCCGUGCAUCCUUUAUUUCUUAGCCAUGACGAAUCGAAAAGAUUUAUCGAGCCAUAACAGACUUCUUUUCUUUUUUUCCAAGUUCAAUGGAGUGAUGAUUCCCCUCUGAAAGCCUCUGAAAGUUCGUCCUCGCAGGAUUUCUUCCCCGUUCCCACGUCGCUGAGGUCUGGGUUUGGGU